AUGGAUAAAAGUGUCAGUCUGUAUAAAACUAUGGGCCCCGCAAAAGUAGAAGUCCCUUCUCCUCAAAAUUUUCUGCGGAAGCAUUCAAAAGAGAAGAGGUUACCUCAGAAGAAGCCCUUCAAAUAUGCAGAUCAUGAGAAGAGGAAACCUCCUAUACCACCCAGACCUGAAAACCCACUAAAGAGAAGCCCAAACAAAAAGAAUUUUAUUGCCAGUAAUGCUAUGGAAGUCAUAAAGGCAAGUCCAAAGAAGCCCCCAGUAUGCUUUGUAGAUUCCAGGAAAGGUGACAGGCAUCUUUUGGAAACCUCAGGAAUUCCAAAGUUUAUUAAUAAGAAGGGUUAUGGGGAAAUCCCUGAAUAUAUUGUGAAGAUCAAGGAGAAGAAGAAAGAAUAUGAAACUUAUUUAAAAGACCAAUUUUACAAAGCAAGGCCAAAGCAGCUCCAUGAUGAAGACCGCCAGAGGCUACUUUAUGGUCUCAAGAAAAACUGGGAAGAGCUAAAUCGUCAGUAUUUGUGUCUCCCGGUGCUUAUUGACACAAACCCUGUUAAGCAGCACAAGCAGAGACUGGAGCAUGCAAUGGACCAACUUGAGAAAGAUAUCAAAAAAGUUGAGGAGGAGCCUGUGAUCUACAUUGACUUUCACUAA